GAUGCUGAUGCUGAGGCUUCGUCCCGAGCCGCGCUGAGGAUGCCGGGCUCCUAGUGGAUCUCCACACACACACACACACACACACACACUCAGAGGACAGGCCAGGCCAGGACAGGACAGGACAGGACAGGACAGGACAGAGGGGGAGACAUGCAGAACCUACGCCACGCCGCCACCGAGGCUUUCCACCGUUUAGGUCUGAAGCAGAGGCACUUGGGAUACGAAGAGCUCAACGACCCGUCCGACCCGGCCUACGCCAAGCCCCAGCCGCACUGGUUCCACACCCUGCAGGUCCGGCGGCUCCGGGUGCAGCGGGGCCGCAGCAACAGCGACCCGCUCGGGGGGAACAGCUUCGAGCAGGACUUCCAGUGGAAAACAGGUCUGCAGUUUGGAACAGCCAACUCCUACCUGAACCUGGAGAAGCUGGGAGAGGGAGCCUACGCCACCGUCUAUAAGGGAAUCAGCAGGAUAAAUGGACACUUAGUGGCUCUGAAGGUGAUUCGUAUGAAGACAGAAGAGGGUGUGCCCUUCACUGCUAUCAGAGAAGCCUCCCUGCUGAAGGGUCUGAAACACGCCAACAUUGUGCUGCUGCAUGACAUCAUCCACACCAGAGAGUCGCUCACCUUCGUCUUUGAGUACGUGCAAACAGACCUGGCUCAGUACAUGACGCAGCAUCCCGGCGGCCUGCAUUCGUACAACGUCCGGAUCUUCAUGUUCCAGCUCCUGCGAGGUCUCUCCUACAUCCACGGCCGCAGGAUCCUCCACCGAGACCUGAAGCCCCAAAAUCUGCUCAUCAGCUACCUGGGAGAGCUCAAACUGGCCGACUUCGGUCUGGCCCGCUCCAAGUCCAUCCCCAGCCAGACCUACUCGUCCGAGGUGGUGACGCUGUGGUACCGUCCCCCCGACGUCCUGCUGGGCUCCACAGACUACUCCACCGCUCUGGACAUCUGGGGAGCCGGUUGUAUUUUCAUCGAGAUGCUGCAGGGGGCGCCGGCGUUCCCGGGCGAGGCCGACGUGUUCGAACAGCUGCAGAAGAUCUGGGCCGUUCUCGGCGUCCCGACCGAAGAGAGCUGGCCCGGAGUGAGCGAGCUGCCCAACUACAAACCAGAGUGGUUCCUCCCCUCCGAGCCGCAGCAGUUUCGCACCGUUUGGAAAAGGUUGGCCCAGCUGCCCUACAAGACAGAGGACCUGGCCCAGAGGACGCUGAUGGCGAUGCCUCGGGACCGGAUCUCCGCCCAGGACGCCCUGCAGCACCCGUACUUCAACACCCUGCCUCCUCCCAUCAUGCAGCUCCGUGACACGGUGUCCAUCUUCAAGGUGCCGGGUGUGCGGCUGGAGACGGAGGUGCGCGACAUCUUCAGCCCCAGCCGCAGGAUCAAACCCUCCCUGGUGCCUCUGGCCAAGUGCUGGUGAGAGGCGCCGCACGCCGACGGAGAUGACCGGCCUCGACCUGGACGCCACGGAUGAAAUCUGACAUCACCACCCGCCUCCAGAGAAAAAAAAACUGCAAAGUCACCGGCAGAUCGCACCGUUUAAAAAAAACAUCAAAAAGACUUUUUCACCCCUGGAUCAAAACCUUUUCCGUAAGCCAGAGGUUUUGCUCAAAGCUGCAGGCAGUUCAGGAUUUGUCCAUCUGUAGAGAUCUGAAUCAUUUUUGCUCUGUUUGUAACACACAAGUGACAGAAACCAUCUCUAUAAGGGUCUUUAUGCAUGUCGGGAUAUCUUGGAAAAAUCUGGAACAUGUAUCCAGGUCUGGAAAAGUUUGGGAACCCCACAGAAACCUUUAGGACAUUCAGAGAAAAUCCAAAUUGAAGAUACACAUUGGACGGUCCAAAUAAAAAUGAUAAUACAACAGUAAAAUAACAUUAAAACUUAAAAAUGGUAGAUGGAUGAACACUGGCUGAUCAAUAUUUGACAUUUUAAAAGGCCAGUAUCAAUCUUAUAUAUUGGUCUCACUCUAGGGUCCACAUCAAAAACCUUGUGAGAAUAAUUUGGAUUAACAGCUGUUAUGUCUUCCUGAAGAGAUUCAUGAUUUAAUUCCAAAAUGAGACAUUCACUGUCAACAAAAUGACACCAAACACGAAAAUCAAGUGCAAUCAAGUAUAGUUUUCUUCUGUUUACAAGCUCGUCAUUGGAUACUUUUGAGGAGAAAAUAAUCAUCUAUGGAUUUGAAAUAUUGACUAAUAGAUUAAGAAAUCCUUCAAGAACCCUUGAAGAAACAGACGACUCAUUACUCUGUGUGUAAAUGUCAGCGCUUACUGAAUUAGCUAAAGUAAAAUCUUCCGUAGAGACAGCUGAAGAUUUUAAGAAACUUACAAAGACGUCUAAAGAAGUGUUUUGUUUUGUUUUUUUGUUCUAGAAAACCAGCACCAUCGUCCCGUCAGCGUUUAUUGGCUAAACAGGGAGUAUUAAUAGAGAGCAUUAAAACGAUUUGUCUCAAAUGAUCCCUAGAAACUGGGAUAUUUCAUGCUCUUACCGCUAUUAGGAAAUAAUUUUUUUUUUUCCAUUCCCCCACCGGCUUGCACGAGGAUUGCUAACAAAUGCUGACAGGAGUCCGGUGGAAAACUCUUACAAGUGGAGUUAAUGAUCUACAAGAAAGGCCUUUAAAUAUCUUUUUUUUUUAAAAAUCACUUUAAUUAUUCUAAUCCCAGUUUUCCCUCUUUCACUUCUUUUCCUUUUCCUCUGCUCCUCCACCUCCUCUCCUCUGCCUUGUCUAUCACAAAUCCACUGUAUUGCGCUUUACUUAACAUUCAGCAGUGGAAAAACAUUUUAUUUUGUUGACAACUAUUUUAAUAAUUUUUGCACUGCUGCACUCUAGAGCUUGGUGUUUAUGCCCAAACCCACACAGCCUCACUCAGUCGGCUGGGUUUGCUUUAGACCAAGUGGAAAAAAAAAACACAGAUAUAACGCUGAAAGAUACCGGCUAUCGUGUAACAUUUGCAGUCCCAGGCGUCUUUGGUUGAGUUUGGGUUGAGAAGAGCUCAGUCCCUCAGGCUCAGGUCAGGUUUGGACAAAAACGCCUGGGAUUAGUUUGGACGAGGACUCCGCUUCCCCGCCCCGGCAAACCCCGACACAUCCAACGUGAUCAUAUUUCCUGGUUUGACCUAAUUUGGCCUUGGCGGACAUGGACUGAAUGUGGAUUUUAUUGCUAAAAUGUCAUUUUUGGAGACGUCAACGGCUCAUUUCUGAUCUUACAAGUGUAUGUGACCUUCAGGUUUGCUGGGAAUGUCCUGCACUGCUGAACUGGGACUUUGUAGAUUGACUGGAUGUCACUGACGGGCCAUUUCAGCUCAUCAGAAAUCAGCAUUAGCUCGUGACAUGAUCGAAGGCGGUUUUAUACUUUGUCACUCAACUCUUUUGACGUCUCUUGAAGAAUAUCCCAAGUUGCACGAUGCAUUUUAUAUCUUGUUAAGGCACCUGGGUUAGGGUUAAGAUAAUUUCCAUGGUAAUAACAGAUGCUUGCUCUGCUAAAAACAUGACCUCUAUGUUGGGGAAAAAAGGACAUGAAAGUACACAAAAACUUCCAGAUCCUGCAGUUUCUUCCAUUUGCGAUUGCACUCCUAUACGCUGAUGACCAAAGUCUAAGUGUCUAAGACUAAGUUGCCGCUUGUAUGUCUCUGUAUUAUCAAUCGAUCAAUGGCCACCCAUCCAAAGUCUCUGAAGAGCAAGGAGCUUUUCUUGAGAACGGACGUGAUUUGGAAAUAUUUUGUUUGGCAGCCAUGACAAGGAGCAUCCAAACUGUUUAUUUUUAUGAAGGAAAGGAAAGGAAAGACCAUUUAGCUCUUUCAUUGCUUCCUUCCAGCAAAGAAACACAACCUUGGAAGAAAGGAAUAAUCAAUUAUGGACCAAAAAGUUCUAGAUGUAUGUGACAGCGACAAAAAUCCAUGUCAGAUGUUAAAAUGAUGUCAUUUUUGCUGAGUAGCCAAUGUCGAAAUUGUUGAGCGACUAAGUAUAAAUGAACCUUGAAGGUGCGAUCCGUUUGUUUUGUUUGGUUCAUAUCAGAAAGUUGUUGUUGUUGCGUUUGGUUGGUUGAGGUCCUGCCUGGCUACAAGCAAACCAAACGGACUUGCCAAGGAAAGUCAUGUGACACACAAGCAGCUUGUUCAUUGGGCAGAUUUUUGCGAACCCGUCCAAACAAAUCCGGCUCCAGUCUCUGCAUCUUUAUCAAAGCAUGACGGACUUGUCUGCGCUCUUCUUCUGUGGUGUUUAUAACGAGAAAACAUGCAGUAACAGCUGAGCAUCAUCUCCUUCAUAUGAGCUUUCCGAGCAUGAGGAACGGCUGGCUAUCAGAUGCCUCCUUUUUACCCAUAAGCCCUCGUGUUUUGGGGUUGUUUCCCGUUAUUGUGCACCACAGCUCUAUUGGUAAAAACAUUUUUUAUGCCACCAAGAGCUCAGACGUCAUCACUCUCACCAAACAACAAGCCAAUUGAACUGAAAUGAGGAAAAGCUGCAGAUUUUGGCGGCCGAUUUCAAAAAUCCCUGGACGCCGAAAGACUCUUCCGAUGUAAAGUGACUGGAAACUCGUCAUCUUCCUUUGUGUCCAGCGUUAUUCUGUUGAUGCUUGUCCUGUGCUGUACAUAUGGUGAAGGGUGUUGUCCAAAAUAACAGGAAACACAAGCUAAAAUGCCUCAUUCAUGUGUUUUUAAAAAGGAUUUUAAACCCAGUUAUCUUAUUUGGUUUUAUUGUUGAGUUCUAUCAUCCACCAAGGUGUCAGUGUUCCUGAGUUCCUGAGAGUUUUAAUCCAUUGCAGCAGGACUGGAUGGACUGUUGUUCCCAUUGUAGGGUAAAGAUAUUACAGACUUCAAGCAGCGACUGUUUUUGGGGCGGCUAAAGAGACCAGAAAUUUGUUUUUGUGAUGCUGCAGCCACAGAAAACAGCUGUCAUUAACCAACAAGCCUGGUGGGAUGUGCCACAAUCAGCUUAUGAUAAACUCCAGGGGUCAUAACCUGGGAAGAAAUGUAAUUUGAAAGAGCCAGAAUUGGUUUAUGCUGUUCAUAAGGACAAAUCAAUUUCAGUAAGCAAGUCAAGAAAUUUAGAUUUACCAUAUGAAGUACUCAGGUUUCAGCACAUGGACAAAAUAGUUUCGUGAUCCGUUGUAAAACAAGUUUGAAUUCAAAUUGCAACAAAAACAGAAAAUGCACUCCCAUGUUGCCGCAACUACAGCAAAUCUGUGUUUUUCCCGUUACAGCAGAGGGAGGCAAAACGUUAGGAAUAGUGCUGAUUUAUCUCCAAAACCAUCGCUGCUUAAAGUUCCUGAUAUCUCAACUCUGGAAAGACCAACCAGUUAUGCAGUGAAAGUGAAAAUAUAUCGCUCCAGUGUAAGUCGGAAAACCGGUUCUGGCCAUUCUCAGCAUUAUCAGUUGGUAACAAUGCAUUAGGCGGUCUUGUGCACCUAAAAACACCGUAGCAACACGUCCAUGGACAGAAGUUGGACAUCACUGUUUACAACUGAUUUAAUGAGACACAAAUAAGACCGAAGUGCUAAUAAACAAUGCACGAAGAUAAUGCACGGAGCAGGCAUCUUAGAUUUUCUGACUUUCCAAGUUGGAAAUCGGAGUUCAGGUGUGUUCCGGAAGAAAUUUAAUGACUGGGAACUUGGAAAUUCCCGUUUUCCAGUUCAAAUGCAAACCAGCAGAAAUCAGCAGAUAGAAAGGACUUCAUAUUCACCUUUUUUUUUUAAGUUUACCAUCGCUUUAAACUUUAUUUCUCUAAGCAAAGUUUGACUGAGGGUUUGUGCUCGUUUGCAGCCGUGGGAUCGGUGCCUCGCUCGUCUCGUCUCUGUUUAUCCUGCACACGCUGUGACAGGUGUAAUUUUCUGACUCGUCAUACAUGUCAUCUCCCCAGUUACAGCGCUUACACAUCCAUCCAGCCGGCCUUUUUCCAUUUGAAAUCGAUUAUAAGGGUUUGGGUUGCAUGCGCAUGUGGGUGGUUGCAGAUAUUCCAGCUUGUUUUCUGCAGGGUUCAGUGGCAUCAGCCGCGAGGACGUUUUUAACAGCGAACAUGUGCGGCGCGUCGAUGAUUUUUAUGUUGAUUGACAAGUUUUGUUUUGUCUCGGGCUUUGUUCCGCAAAAAAAAAACAAUGGACGGAUUUACACGAAAAACAGCACGCCACAAGAGACAUCCAGACAUUUUCUCCAGACGACAUUUGGCAGUCGUGAGGGAUUUUCAUGCAGUCACAUUUUCACGCAAUUACAUCAUCUCCGCAGCUCAUCACAGACUCAUUUGGGCAAAAUUUUAUUUCAAAAAGACAGAAAAACAAAUGGCUAUUUUCAAAUGUACCGAUGCGUGCAUGUUUGUGUAACUGUCCGCAGGUUUGGGCCUGUGUGCAAUUAUACUUUUUUUGUGUGUGUGCGUGUGUGUUUUUGUUUGUGCAUUUUUGGUGUGUUUCCUCCAUUUUGGCUCAAAACCCUGAAUAUUAACCAAACCAUGUAUCUGCAACAAGUCGACUUUUUAGAGGAGUUUAGAAAAGCAGCUUUAUUUUCUGAAACACUGUACGGGUUUGGGACGGCAGAGUGAUGAAACGAACUUAAAAACACCGUGGAGACUUUCCAGGCGAAGGAAAAACGGCAGCCUGGUUUCACCAAAAUUGGAUUCACCAGGUUUUUCUGUGACAGCAGCGAUAAGCCAGUGUGUACCCAAGUGUUCUUCUCCUCUGCUGUGUGUAUGUGUGUGUGUGUGUGUGUGUGUGUGUGUGUGUGUGUGUGUGUGUGUGUGAGAGAGAGAGAGAGAAAGAGAGAGAGAAUGACUGUAGGUAUAUGGGAGAGUGAAGUG